CAUUGGAAAGCUAACUCUACUCGACGGAAGGCACUUGCUACAAACGGAAUCGAGUGGCCUCGACAGGUGAUAAUUGAGGUUGGACAGUUUUUCAGGGCCGUUUGUGGGCAUAAGAACCUUGUUGUUUGUGGUGUUCGGUGAAAGGGUUUUUUUUGCUCUGAUGUGGUGUUAAUUAGUGCUGCUUACUCAAGUUCAAGCUGGAAUUGCGGACCUUGGUUUAGCCAAGUCAACUUUAGUUCUACAGGACUGCCUGUUUUGCUAUUUACUGAGAAGGGUUCAGCAAACUUCGAGCAGAUAUUAGCCAUAAAUUAGAACCUUCUUUUUUCACCCAAGAAACGUGACACCCUCAAAGUGAUUUAUCAAGUAGUGUGCAUCAGCAUAAAGAAGAAGAAAAAGCCCGCGUUGAAGAGUGAGUUUAAAAGUGCUUAAAUUAGACAAUUACCGACGACGUUCGCGAGGACCGACCACCCAUCGGCGGAACGAGCAAGUUUCCCGCAGCGUCCGUCUUUCGCCGGGAAAAAAGUGAAACUUGAAACUUUGUGAGGAAAAACGAGUGGGAAAAAGAAGGACACCCGGAAAAUGGGUUGCGCCAGCAGUUCGCCCCUAAUCAACGGCGGUGGCCCCGGCGGGAUCGUCGAGUCCGCGAAGGAAACAGCCACCAAGACCGCCAACGACGUUCUGCACGCGGGCGAAUCGGCAAUACACGACGUUGGUGAACAGGUGAAAGGAGCAGUUCAAAACGUGGCCAGCGAAAUCGAAGGCGUCUUGGGAGGCAAAAAAUCUACCAAAGAAGACUCGGAUCACAUGAACGACAGCGACCAUCCGCAGAUAAACGGCAAUGACAGCUCGGACUUUAAGAUCAUCCCCCUCAAAGACAAGCAAGCAAGUUUGGACGAAAACAUGGAAAACAUGAAAAACAACAUGCUCACAAAGGCGCAAAGCUUCGGCGACGAAGCGGACAAGAUGGCGGACGACAUCAUGAAGGAAACGGAGGACCUCAUCCGGGACGCGGAAACCGGAAUCGCGGAUUGCGCCAACGAAAUGACCACCCGGAUCACGUCCUCCGAGGACGGCACGAUCGAAAUUCUCAACUUGGAAGAACCGGAAAUCGAGCGAAUACUGGACAACGACCCCAAGUGUCCGCCGACGCCGGAAGCCACCAUGAACAGCUUGCUGUCCUCGUCGGACGGAGGCGCCACCGAGUCCGAGGCCGCCGAUUCCGCCGCGACCGUCGUCGAGGCCAAGCAGCGGGAAGCAGCGUGAGUAGGGCACUAAGCAGGGCACCGAUCACAGCACAAACACCCCCCACGACAAAAAAAAACAACAACAAUCCUUCCCCCUUUAAAAUUAAUACAAAACCAACAUUUGCGCAAGAAAAAAACGCACAAAACUCACACAAAACACAAAAAACACCUCCCUCAUCUGGUAGCGGUUGCAAUACACGAAAUUAACAGAAAAUCAAUAUCCUUAAGAAUUUCUGCAACAUUUUUGUACAAAUUUUUAUAAACUGAAGAUAUUUUUAAAACCCCAAUGUCCUUAAAACAAAUUUAAACAUGCCUCUAGAUAGUUUGUAAGAAACAGUUUAGCUUUUUUUGUAAAUACAGAACAUCAUAUCAAGCUGGUUAAGUUUAUUCGAUUUACUUUGGUUACUUUCGUUACACUAACAUUCAA